AUGUCUAACAAUUUAUUUUUUUUAAGUUUAGCUGAUAUAUUUUCAGUAUAUCCGCAAAUAUUUAAAGAGAUAAUAUCAAAUAAGCAAAAGCUGUGUAAAGUCUAUCUACCUAGCGAUGCAGAUUGGCAAGAAAAGAUGUACUAUAUGCUUUUAGAAAUUCAGAAGAAAGUCAACGAUGCGUUGGAUAGUGGCAACCAUGUACAAAGUUUUUCACCGACGUCAUCGCCAAGUGAUUAUCAUUUAGAAAAUAAUGAGAAAUGUUCGAAUUUGAAAGGAAAGUGCAUUAACCGCACAAAUGUACACUGGACUUUGGAAAACAUAUGCCAAGCGGCGCAAUUACUCAAACAGCCCCCUGAAGACGUGGCAUUUGUGAAUGAACAUGAAAUGAGACGAGUAUAUUCAUUAAUUUACGACGUCUUCAGAUAUAAAGUUGUGCUUACAAACGCUUUGAAGGAUAUAGAUUUUUAUAAACACUAUCCAAAGUACAUUAAAGAUGAGUACAUAGUAUGGUUAAUGCUGUAUGAAUUAAAUCAAAGAUCGUUUCAAAACAGAAGUGCAGACGAGUCACAACAUCAAGACGAAUUGUAUAAAGCAGUGCAGGUAGCAGAUGUAGCCGAAUGCAUAUGGAAAUUUCGAACAAAACUUGCUGCCUCAAUUUCAAGAAUGCGUAUUGAAUACUGCGCUUUAAGGCUAUCUGAUCUUUUACCGAUACAUUUGCAAAAUGAUAAAGUGGCUAAAGCCAUUUUAAAUCCAUUGGUCACCGGUUGGAUUAAUCCCUUCAUAGUAAAGGAUAAACAGUCCGCCGAGCAGCUGUUCAAUGACUAUGGAUUUAAGAUUGCUGCAAAUGGAAGCACAUUAACAAACGCACAUUUUGCUUGGGAUACGGUUUGUCCAUUGUUUAUAUCAUGCGUCCCUCAAGACCGAAAUGAAUUCACAAAAUCGGGUCUUGUCAUCGGAAACUAUUUCAUAUUACAGGAUCGCGCCUUUGCACUGGGCCCUGCAGUAAUGUCAAGACUUUUGGAUUAUUUUGAUAUGUCUGGCGAUAUACUUCAAACUCAUAUCGAUUCGCCACGAUCGGCAGCUUACUUAGCCGCAUUAUUUUAUUCGGUUAAUCGUGUAAACAACUAUUAUGUUUAUGGUGCUGGUGAAAAUCUCCAGCAAUAUCGAGAUUACAUGAAAUUACUUGAAAUAAAUAAUAUUCGAUUGUUUGGCGAAUCGUUCAGUUCAUUAUCAUUGGACUCGAAUCGAUUUCGAACAGUGGUUGGAAUUUUUGCAAAUCCUCCCAAUUCAUUUAGUGCGAUAUCAGAUCCAAUCGAUUUAAUUUGUUCCCGCGGAGGCGAUUUGAAUAUGUUGGAAAUAUUAACUGAGGCUACAAUUAGUGAUGACGGCAAGCAUCGCGUCUCUCUCAUACUUCAUGAACAAUUAUCGACAUUGCAUUUGGCCAUGUCGAGACCACAAAUACAAUUUCUACUCUAUGAAACACAUUCAGCAGUUAGUAGUGAAAAUCAAGAUAUGGUUAAUUACGCUUUAAAGACGAUGAAUGCAAACACUUUGGAGAAGCAUAAAAAUGAUUUUUUGGAGAGAAGACGGCUGGAGGCUAUGGAAGAGUUAGAAGCCGGAAAUGUACCGUCUGCUGCAAUCAAAUCGAAUUCGCCCAGAAAAAGAAAUCCUGACUGUACGCUUGUUAGCAAAGAGUCUUUAUUAGCAGAAAUUCUCGCUAAGAUCGAGGCUGAAGCCGAGUGCGUAGAAAUUCCCGAUGUAGAUGAGUUCGUUUGUGUCGAUAUACCGAAUAUGUGCAAGAAUCGUGACAAUUGUUUAAAAUCUCGUCUAACGGGUUGUUUUCUUUCCUUAUUGCGUCGCAAAAACAUUACGAAACUUAAUGCGAAAUUCCUUAUUCGAAUGGCAGAGAAGCGUGGCUUAUUCGGAAAAGCGGAAAGUAGCAAAUCUAUAAAAACGAAAAUUAUUAAGCAGCAAGAAAGCAAUGUCGAAAAGCAAAUUAUUAAACUCUCACCUGAUCACGAUGCUCCAAAGCAUUCUCCUAAUAUCAACAAUUUGCUGAAUCGACUUAAACAACCUACCCAUGCCAGUGAUAUUCGAUCAAAUAUUGGACAAUUGUCGGCUUAUAAUCAUCCAAUAUUAUUUAAUUAUAAAAGACGCUAUUGUCAACGCUACUUAUCGACAAAACUAAAGGUAGGUAAUUUUAUAUUUUUACCUUAAUUAAAUUAAGGAUGAAUUCAUUAAUACGAAGUGACGUAAAAAACAAAGCAUAAUUUGAUGAACAUUGAUAAGAGAGAUAGAUACUCUUAUCCAGACUUGGAGGAAUAAAUCGAAUUGAACAUUAGGUUAUAUU